AUGGAGGCUGAGGUCUCGCCAGAGGAUCUAGACGAAGACAAAAAGAGCGAGGGGAUAAUUAACAUAAAAGAUACUAUGGAGCUGACACCUUACGAAACCCAAGUUGUGACUUUGUCUCAACAGCCUGCGGAACGGGCAUCCCCCGAGUACUUCCACAGCAGACUCGUUGAGCUGGGGCGGCGCUGCUGGACCUCGUCGACGGGAGCCCAGCACUACACCAAGGGCUGCUACUGGUCCCCAGACGGCACCUGCCUUUUGGUUCCCGUCCACCUAGACGGUAUGCACGUUAUGGAGGUGCCAACGGAACUCUACUCAACUCCGACGGCGCAGAAUGCGCGCUUCUUGACUAAGCUUCAGUCAGCAGUACACGUUCCCGAGGGCGGAAUUGUUUAUGAUUGUGUCUGGUUUCCGCACAUGAGCAGCCAACAGCCGGAGACCUGCUUUUGGCUGGCCUCGCGGCAGCAUGAGCCCAUUCACAUGUGGGACGCUUUUGACGGCUCGCUACGUUGCAGCUACAGCGGAUAUGAUGAUGUGGACGAAGUCAUGGCGGCCAUUUCUUUGGCCUUCUCUAACGACGGACUGAAAAUAUACGCGGGAUACAAGCGAUGCAUAAAAAUCUUCGACACUAGCAAGCCCGGACGACUGUGCGACAAUUACCCUGUCAAGUUUGCCAUAUCCUGCAUUGCCCAGACCAGCAGGCACUCCAAAACUCUGACCUGCGGCAACUGGCACGGCUAUAUCCAACACUUUGACCUGCGAUGCAGCCAUAAGCAGGGACCUCUCUUUACGCUGGGUGGCCACAAAGGCGGCAUUACACAACUUCUUUAUAGCGGAAGAGGUUCCGAGGAGUGGCAUCUGUUCAGCGGAGCUCGCAAAUGUGACAAGCUUUUGCAAUGGGACAUGCGCAACUACAAGAAACCGCUGGUAGAGUUCCAGCGCAAUGUGGACACAAACCAGCGCAUUCACUUCGAUUUGACAUCUGACCGCCGUUGGCUGACUAGCGGGGACACUAGUGGAGCGCUAAAUGUUUGGGAUCUUCGCGAGUACAGAGAGGCCUCCAUAUUGCAGUUGCACUCUGACUGUUGCAAUGGAGUGAGCUUCAAUCCGGUUCUGCCUCUUCUGGCCACCAGCUCUGGCCAGUAUCACUUCAUAGAUCAAAGUGUUAUAAACAACGUUAUAUUAAACAACUCGGAAUCGGUUGAGGAGACUAAUUUCUAUGCAAACCAGCUGUUAAAUGUGGUGUAUGAAAAUGCAGUGGUCAUGUGGUGGAGCGGAAGUGAAUCGCUUUGA